GAAGUAUUAUGCUACAUUAAUAUCACCGGACAAAAAAAACUCAUCGCUACCUUGCAAAUCUCCCGGCCCCCAUUCCGCUUGUUGACCCUGCAACUAAGCGAUGCAGUGGGUCCUCAGAUUCGGCCACAGAGAUGAAGGUUCACAAUCCAAACCUUUCCAAGUACACACCAGCACAGGCCUUGGAAUGACUUUGGGAUCAAUUCAAAGCAUACAUUUGUAGUGACGACCCAUUGGUCACAAAAUGUGCUUGCAUGAGGGGCCCCUCCACUGGUGGAAUGCAGUAGCAAGGGACAAGUAUUCAGAUGUUCUCUCUGCACUCGUUCAGAAGAUUUUUUCCGCUGUUCCCGUGUCCAUGGCAGAUGAGCGCACACAGUCUACAAUCACCUGGCCAAAUUCACCCAACUGGAACCAUCAACAAGUUGGUACACUCCAAGAUCACAUCAAAAUUCGCCAGUGGCAUUGUUACAAACCUGCAAAAUUUGCAGAGGUAGCGUACAAGCCUCUCAUCUCCUGGCGUGAUAUGGAAACUACUAUUUUGGGCAAACACAAGGCAUCAGCAAUGGACGAUGUUGAUGACCUUCUGCCAUCUGGUAACACGCCGCCAGGCCCGGUGUUCCCAUCCAGUUCCGAAAUGGGCCCGAGUUCUGAUGAACCCGAGUAGCUGGAUGGUCCUUCGUGGCCUCCCCACUGCGUUUUACAGUACUGCGUUACAGUCUUUCACACUUUCGGGCUGUGACAAGAUUGAUUUGCGAGCACUAUACCUUCGUGAGAUUUUCAAUCCAGCCACUAGGCCGUCACAACAACCUCCCUCUACUGCUCCAAUUAAAGUGUCAGCUGGCGCUGUGGGCACCAAUCCUGAGAGUACUGCCUGGGAGGAAUGGCCAUAGAUACACUUUGUUAUUGUAGACUGGUGCUAUUCGACGCUUUUUCACCAUUUUAACACCAUUUUCACUGUUAAUUAACGCCUUGGGAAAUUAGCA